AUGGAUAUUUCAAAUAAUCAAAGUUCUGGAAAUGAUAAUGUCACUCCUAAUACUCAAUCUUCCACUCCCAACACUGAAACUUCCAAUCCUCCUACACCAAUUUCUUCAUUGCGUACAAAAACUGAUCCUGCAUGGGCACAUGUUGCUUAUAAGAAAGAAGGGACACAAAAUGUAUACACCUGCCUUUUUUGUGGUAAUAGUUAUAGAGGUAGUGGGAUAAAUAGGAUGAAGCAACACCUUGCUGGUAUCACUGGUCAAAUAUCUUCUUGUAAAAAGGUUUUGCAUGAUAUACAUCAUAGAAUGACAGAAUCUUUGAAAGAGUGUUCAAAGAAAAAAGCCAUUGAAAAUAUAGAAGAGGAAAUUGAAGAUACUCAUGUUGAUUCACCAAUUAUCAUGAGUAGUGCAAAAAAGAGAAAAUCUAUAGGGAGUAUGGAUAAUUAUUUUGCUCCUCGCACAACCCCUGAUUCUCAACCGGGUAUUAAAAGUGCAUUAGCAACCAAAGAAGCGAAACACAAUGUAAAAAUAUUGAUUGCUGAGUGGGCCAUUGUGAAUUGCAUUCCAUUUAAAGCAUUUGAUUGCCCGUUAUUUCAAAAAGCUAUAGAUGGUAUUGCUUCAAUUGGGCCUGGGUUUAAAGCCCCUAGUGCUUAUGAUUUCAAAACCAAUUUGCUGAGUGAUUGGAGAAAAGAAUGUCAAUUACUAAUUGAUAGCCAUCGAGCUAAAUGGAAAAACAAUGGCUGCACACUCAUGGCUGAUGGAUGGACUGAUGUGAGGCAACGUACUUUGAUAAAUUUCUUAGUGUAUUCUACACACGGAAUGGUGUUUGUGAAGUCUGUUGAUGCUUCAGAUUUAGUCAAAGAUGCCAAAACACUAUUUACUCUAUUCUGUGAAGUCAUUGAGUGGAUUGGUCCUAAGAAUAUUGUUCAUAUAGUAACUGACAAUGCAGCUAACUAUGUAGCAUGUGGCAGCAUGCCAAAUGUGUCAGACCUCGCAUCAAAGGCAUCCAAGGCUCUGGUUGUUGAUAAGCAUUUUGUGGACCAUAGAUUAUCAAAGACUGAGGCAGGGAAAAAUUUUAGUGCAAUCAUUUUAGAUAACCGGUUUUGGAAUGACUGUUAUCAAGUUGUGAAGAUUGUAUCUCCUCUCAUCAAAUUAUUGAGAAUUGUGGACUCAGAUGAGAAGCCUUCAUUGCCUUACGUUUAUGAAGGGAUGAGAAGGACAAAAAUAGCAAUUAAGGAGAUGUUUAAGAAGAACAAGGAAUUGUAUAAGCCUUACACAAGAAUCAUUCAAACUUGA